AAAGAAGUGCUUGCCUGACUUGCGUGACCACCACCAUGGAUUCGGCUGGGACAAAUACGAUUCCUGCUGCUCCAGUAGCUCUGAUCGACUUCUCCUCUGCUAAAGCCAAAAAAAAAAAAGCUUGACCGUUCUAUUGAUGGCAGGACAACUGAAAACCAGGUUGGGAAAUCACUUUCAUGCCCAAGAGUGAAGAGAGGGUCAGAAACAUAUGCUAGUUUUUUUUGAGACUUUAAGCAAAAACUGUCCAAGGAGUGCAGCACUGAUGGCUAGGGAGCCUUACUACAAAGAAUUCAUCCCCAAAUCUAGUAUGCUUCCUAAAACUGUUCUUGAAUACAGAACACCAGAGACUCUGCAGCUACCCCCCAAAGAGCUUGGAGAGCUAUGCCAGGUAUUCCAGCUAGAAGAGCUCAUCAUGUCCCAGGUCCAGGCUGUAGAGAGUGCAACUCGAAGUCAGAGUGCAAGCAGGAUUUGGUUUAGGCAAAGAGCUGGACGCAUAACUGCUUCCAAGCUGAAACAAGCUAUUAAGACCAACCCACAGCAACCAUCCAAGAGCUUGAUCAAGGCCAUAUGCUACCCAGAAGCAUAUAGGUUCACCACAGCCGCUACAAGUUAUGGAUGCAAACAUGAAGCACAAGCCAGAGGAGUCUAUGAGAAGCUGAUGGGUCGGGAGCAUGCAGGCUUCUCCUGUAUGGACAGUGGUCUCUGGCUGAACCCCAAGUGGCCAUACAUGGGGUCCUCCCUGAUGGGAUUGUUGCUUGUGACUGUCACGGAACUGGCAUCUGCGAGAUUAAGUGUCCACACUCUCACCAAGAUGAAGCCAAUCUGCGCUUGUGUGCUGGGGAAAAGGGCUUCUGCCUCAUCAAUGAUGGGGAUAAUCUCUUCCCCUUGAUGUUCGUAAUAGCGACUGCUUGUUGACUUUUAAAACGCGUCUUAAGACAUAUCUUUUUAUACAAGCUUUUUUAUAACAUAUUGUAUUGAGUUUUUAAUGCACUUUAUCUGUAUGCGGCUUGUUUGUUGUGUGUAUUGUCUUAUGCAGUGACCUGUAUAUUGCUUGUGAGGUGACCUUGGGUGUUAUGAAAGGCACCAUUAAAUAAAAUGCAUUAUUAUUAUUAUUAUGUCAUGCUGGACCGGACACAUGACUACUACUACCAAGUUCAGGGACAGC